AUGUUCUUCCAGUAUGCUGCAUACAAUGAUGAUUUUUUUUAUCAGUCUUCCUAUUCUCUUUCAUUCCAAUUAAUCUCGUUUCUCCUUCCUAAGUCUUCUUAUUCUCUUUCAUUCCAAUUAAUCUCGUUUCUCCUUCCUAAGUCUUCUUAUUCUCUUUCAUUCCAAUUAAUCUCGUUUCUCCUUCCUAAGUCUUCUUAUUCUCUUUCAUUCCAAUUAAUCUCGUUUCUCCUUCCUAAGUCUUCUUAUUCUCUUUCAUUCCAAUUAAUCUCGUUUCUCCUUACUAAGUCGUCUUAUUCUCUUUCAUUCCAAUUAAUCUCAUUUCUCCUUCCUAAGUCUUCUUAUUCUCUUUCAUUCCAAUUAAUCUCGUUUCUCCUUACUAAGUCGUCUUAUUCUCUUUCAUUCCAAUUAAUCUCAUUUCUCCUUCCUAAGUCUUAUUAUUCUCUUUCAUUCCAAUUAAUCUCGUUUCUCCUUACUAUAAUCUUCUUAUUCUCUUUCAUUCCAAUUAAUCUCACUUCUUCUUAUUAUUCUCUUUCAUUCCAAUUAAUCUCGUUUCUCCUUCCUAAGUCUUAUUAUUCUCUUUCAUUCCAAUUAAUCUCGUUUCUCCUUCCUAAGUCUUAUUAUUCUCUUUCAUUCCAAUUAAUCUCGUUUCUCCUUCCUAAGUCGUCUUAUUCUCUUUCAUUCCAAUUAAUCUCACAUCUCCUUACUAAAUCUUCCUAUUCUCUUUCAUUCCAAUUAAUCUCGUUUCUCCUUCCUAAGUCUUCUUAUUCUCUUUCAUUCCAAUUAAUCUCGUUUCUCCUUCCUAAGUCUUCCUAUUCUCUUUCAUUCCAAUUAAUGUCGUUUCUCCUUCCUAAGUCUUCUUAUUCUCUUUCAUUCCAAUUAAUCUCGUUUCUCCUUCCUAAGUCUUCCUAUUCUCUUUCAUUCCAAUUAAUCUCAUUUCUCCUUCCUAAGUCUUCCUAUUCUCUUUCAUUCCAAUUAAUCUCGUUUCUCCUUCCUAAGUCGUCUUAUUCUCUUUCAUUCCAAUUAAUCUCGUUUCUCCUUCCUAAGUUGUCUUAUUCUCUUUCAUUCCAAUUAAUCUCACAUCUCCUUACUAAAUCUUCUUAUUCUCUUUCAUUCCAAUUAAUCUCGUUUCUCCUUCCUAAGUCGUCUUAUUCUCUUUCAUUCCAAUUAAUCUCACAUCUCCUUACUAAAGUCUUCCUAUUCUCUUUCAUUCCAAUUAAUCUUGUUUCUCUUUCUCUUAUUUCUCUUUCAUUCCAAUUAAUCUCUUUCUCCUUACAAUCUUCUUAUUCUCUUUCAUUCCAAUUAAUCCCACUUCUCUUCUUAAAUACUCCUAUUCUCUUUCAUUCCAAUUACUCUCACUUCUCUUUACUAAAGUCUUCCUAUUCUCUUUCAUUCCAAUUAAUCUUGUUUCUCCUUCCUAAGUCUUAUUAUUCUCUUUCAUUCCAAUUAAUCUCGUUUCUCCUUCCUUCUUAUUCUCUUUCGUUCAAUUACUCUCACUUCUCUUUACUAAAUCUUCUUAUUCUCUUUCAUUCCAAGUUAAUCUUUUCUCCUUCCCUAAGUCUUCCUAUUCUUUUCAUUCCAAUUAAUCUCUUUCUCCUUCCUAAGUCGUCUUAUUCUCUUUCAUUCCAAUUAAUCUCACUUCUCCUUACUAAAUCUUCUUAUUCUCUUUCAUUCCAAUUAAUCUCGUUUCUCCUUCCUAAGUCGUCUUAUUCUCUUUCAUUCCAAUUAAUCUCGUUUCUCCUUCCUAAGUCUUCUUAUUCUCUUUCAUUCCAAUUAAUCUCGUUUUUCCUUCCUAAGUCUUCUUAUUCUCUUUCAUUCCAAUUAAUCUCACAUCUCCUUACUAAAGUCUUCUUAUUCUCUUUCAUUCCAAUUAAUCUCUCUUCUUAUUCUCUUUCAUUCCAAUUAAUCUCGUUUCUCCUUCCUAAAGUUCUUUCCUUUAAUCUCUUUCUCCUUCCUAAGUCGUCUUAUUCUCUUUCAUUCCAAUUAAUCUCAUUUCUCUUUACUAAAGUCUUCUUAUUCUCUUUCAUUCCAAUUAAUCUUUCUUCUUAUUCUCUUUCAUUCCAAUUAAUCUCGUUUCUUCUUACUAAGUCUUAUUAUUCUCUUUCAUUCCAAUUAAUCUCGUUUCUCCUUCCUAAGUCUUCUUAUUCUCUUUCAUUCCAAUUAAUCUCACUUCUCUUUACUAAAUCUAAUUCUCUUUCAUUCCUUCUUCUUCCUAAGUCUUCUUAUUCUCUUUCAUUCCAAUUAAUCUCGUUUCUCCUUCCUAAGUCUUCCUAUUCUUUUUCAUUCCAUUUAAUCUCCUUUCUCCUUCCUAAGUCGUCUUAUUCUCUUUCAUUCCAAUUAAUCUCAUUUCUCUUUACUAAAUCUUCUUAUUCUCUUUCAUUCCAAUUAAUCUCGUUUCUUCUUCCUAAGUCGUCUUAUUCUCUUUCAUUCCAAUUAAUCUCGUUUCUCCUUCCUAAAGUCUUCCUAUUCUCUUUCAUUCCAAUUAAUCUCGUUUUCUCCUUCCUAAUCUUAUUAUUCUUUUCAUUCCAAUUAAUCUCACUUCUCCUUCCUAAGUCUUCCUAUUCUCUUUCAUUCCAAUUAAUCUCUUUCUCCUUCCUAAGUCGUCUUUAUUCUCUUUCAUUCCAAUUAAUCUCACUUCUCCUUACUAAAUCUUCCUUCCUAUUCUCUUUCAUUCCAAUUAAUUUCAUUUCUUUUUCCUUCCAAAAUCUCUUUUCUUAUUCUCUUUCAUUCCAAUUAAUCUCACUUCUCCUUCCUAAGUCUUCCUAUUCUCUUUCAUUCCAAUUAAUCUCGUUUCUCCUUCCUAAGUCUUCUUAUUCUCUUUCAUUCCAAUUAAUCUCGUUUCUUCUUCCUAAUCUUCCCUAUUCUCUUUCAUUCCAAUUAAUCUCGUUUCUCCUUCCUAAGUCUUCUUAUUCUCUUUCAUUCCAAUUAAUCUCGUUUCUCCUUCCUAAGUCUUCUUAUUCUCUUUCAUUCCAAUUAAUCUCACUUCUCUUUACUAAAUCUUAUUAUUCUCUUUCAUUCCAAUUAAUCUCGUUUCUCCUUCCUAAGUCUUCCUAUUCUCUUUCAUUCCAAUUAAUCUCUUUCUCCUUCCUAAGUCGUCUUAUUCUCUUUCAUUCCAAUUAA